UGUCAGCCCUCAGAAACAACUGUUAAAUCGCAAAGUGCGAUAAGUUUUUAAUCAAACUGACGGCUGGCUCCUGGGCUCCUGGGCUCAUGUACUCAUUGUAAGUUUGUUUAACGAACAUGUGUAUUGAAAUUUGUUCCAUGGGGUAGUUCUUUCUAAAAAAAACACAAUUAUUUUAUUGUAUAGCUCACGACGUGCGUCGUUUGUGUAAAAGUGGACUGUGUUUGAUGUUGAACUUGAUGUUGCCACGGCGGACGUCAUGUCGACUAUACAGUUGAGUUUGGCAGACAGUCAUGUGACGAGCACGUCAUUCACACCACUCAUUGCCGGACAUCGGCAUGAAACAUUACUCCCCUGGGGUGAUAUGACUGAAAGCAAUUCACACCACAAAACCAUUGUACCACAGUGCUUAAUCUUAAACUAGGCGAGUCCAUCACGAGACUGCAACAAACAUAACGAGUUUAGGCAACCGUGGACAAACCGUGGUGUACACUUUUACUGUAGAUCAUUUAGCUAGUCAACCAUUUAUUAGUCGUAUACCAGGAUCAGUGUGUGUUUUCUGUUAACAUAAAAUGGGCCCAAGCUACUUCUAGGUGAGCUAAAUUUUGUUAUGGUGUCUUGAUUAAGCAUAGGUUAAGGCUCAUAGCAUAUGUUCAGCUUUAGACUUCACAACUUGAAGGUUUUUUGUUUAUUUAUUUGAUUGCUAUUUCACGCCGUACUCAAGAGUACUUAACUUAUAUACAACGGCAGCCAGCAUUUAGGUGGGAGAAAUUCAGGCAGACCCAGAUGAAACCCAUGACUAUCCGCACAUAGCUGGCAGAAUUCCCCUAGUACAUGUAGAUCUGGAGACAAAUAAAGUUAGCAUGAACUGGACUUGAACUCACAGCGAUUGCAUCAGUAAGAACCUCCUGAUUCAUAGCACUGCACUAGCACGCUAACCACUAAUGGCCACAGGGGCCCAAUGAAUUUUUUGGUGUACUUACAUUCAGUGAAAAUUUUAUAUCAUGGAAUUAACAUUGAAGAUAAAUCACUUGAGGUAUCGUGGUCAAUUAUUUUAAGAUCUGACAUAUUAGAAAUAAUAUUCUUGCUGUCUGUGACUAAAUACAGUUUUAUAAUUGCAAGAACAUUAUUUUUAUUCUGUAACCCUCCUCAUCACGUCUGAUACAAAUAGUGCUGUCAGGUGACUUGAGUGACAAGAAUACGUACAAAAUGUAGGUCUGUAUGUAGGAACUUACGUGUGUUACUGUGUGCAAAUAUGAGUGAUAUACAGGUGUGUUAAUGGGACAUUGAUAUGUCUGUUGCAGAUGAUUACAGUGAUUGCAGCUUGUGAGUGUUCUUUACCAGUUAUAGGGAUAGAUUGGAGAGGAAAGAGGCCACAAACCUCUGUAAGAUAAUAGUUGUGUUUUCUAGGACUUAAUUUAGAGAACAGUGUACAACAAAGACAUAUGCCAACAAAAAGUCAUUUCCAAAAAAGAAAACUUAGACCUGGGGAAGACCGCCAGAACGAGUUGCGUAGGAUUUUCAGCCAUAGCUCCGCUGGUGUACAGCUGGCUACGGCUUGCCGAGUUCGUCUGCCCAGGAAGAGCGGUGAUGAGCAUCGUGAAGAAGGUUGUGUCGGAACAGCUCUUGUUUGCUCCUGUGGCUCUGACUACUUUCUAUACAGCUUCCAGUUUUCUUGAAGGAAAGAAGGAUAUAUUUGCAGAGGCCAAAGCUAAAUUUUUACCCACAUAUAAGACAGGACUGACAUACUGGCCCAUUGUGCAGACCAUUAACUUUGCUUUCGUGCCGACAGACAAGAAAGUGUACCUUUUGGCAACUGCUUCUUUUCUCUGGACAAAUUACCUGUGCUACAUGAAAGAGAAGAAAGUUGAACAGUUGUACGGCUUUUCGACUGCCAGGUCCGAGAUCGGGGAGUAGAUUAGGUACCUAUGUAGUUGGUCUUGUAAUCUACAGGGUAUACAUUUCUGCAAACUAUAGAACCAUAAUGGCAUAGUGUCAUACUAAGCCAGUUGAUGAUAUUGUCUUUUACUUUGUUUAAGAGAUUUUUAAUAUUAUUUCGUGGAAAUCAGAUGAAAUGUCAGCCAAACUCAAGCAUAACAUGGUAGUCACUGAUUUCGCCUCUUCUUUGAUACUUUUCAGUGGUGAAGUCAAUUCUGUCAUCACAUAAUCUGCGAUAGCAACCUCUGACCUUUAGUAUAUAUGCAAGACAAAUAUUAAUAUAUAACAGAUGUUUGUUGUCAAAAUAUUGGGUAGAAAUGAAAUGAUAAGAAACAAUUGUACUCAUUUUGAAUAUCAUUAGGAUCUGAUUAAACCUAUUAAUAUAGGCCUACACAUACAUGCAUCUGUACUUGAGAUUAUUGUUAAGAAUUUCGGUACAAAUAUCCCUUUAAUUGUUCAAAGACUAUUGCGCAGCAUAUGUAUGCGUAUCUUGAGUAAACCAAAGACACCCACAUGUGCUUCCUGAUGUGUUCAAGGUGUAUACUUCUGCUAUGACAUGUAUGUGUAUGUGGGGAGAUAUUUAAUAUGUAAGAGUUACACAGGAUUAUUCUAGACAACACAUGUACGUAAUAAUAAUCAAGUCAGGUCAUCGCCACGAUCAUUAGCAUUAUCCUGGCAUGUGGAUCAGAAGCUUGUGAAACCUGUGUUACAUUUACCAGGUGAUGACUUGAGUUUAUUAUCAUUAUUGAACCCACAUUCAACUGUGAGUCUUAAGCAGUAUGCAACAUGUGUACAUGUUUACCCGAGUUUGCAUUGUUGGAAGGUUUGCUUGUUGUGCAACUUGUAAUAAGUUUUUUUUAUCCAGGUCUAUAUGUGGUACAGGUUCAAUCCCAGCCUUGGGCAAAGAAUAUGUACAUUUUUCCACUCUCACUGUUGAUGGGGCCUUGGUGACAAUAAGCGACCAACGAUGAUCAUGCCAUCUAUACUGUUUGUUUGUUGUGUAGGUGGUUUAGAAAAAUCAAGGGGCAGUCCAGUUUUCUCCAGCCAUAAAAGUGACUGCCAUCAUUUAAGCGAAAAAAUUCCUGAGUGUGGCGUUAAGCAUGUAAUAUGAUAAUGUAUAACUGGUUUAUAGUUGUCUCGUUUACCUGUCAAAUCAAAGCAAUCGCUUUUGCACCUUAGACAUGUGCAGUCAUUUGUGAAUUUAUGGUCAUCUAGAAAAUUAUUAAAUAUAUGAACUGACUUAUUGUUUUUCCUGCUGGUGAUAUUGUAAUACCACGAAAGUAUAUCUGUGUAUGCAGGCUAUUGGAGCUUACGUAUUUUAAAGGUUGUCAAUCAAACGUGAUAGAUUUUAAUCAGGUACAUAUAAUUGUUUACUUUUUAUUAGAUUUAUAGAUCUAUUUAUAUACCAGUACUUUAUUAAAGAGUUAUGUCUUUUUUUUUAAGACAUGCUAUUAUCUGUCACCUAGUUAAGAUAUGUAUAUACACAUGUUACAUAGGGGUACAAUGACACAGUAGCCUUCCACAAAUGCCUUGGCUGUGAGUUCAAGUCUGGCUUUGUGGUGGUUUCCUCUUCAGUUAUACAUUAGGUUUUCCAGCAACCUGCGGAUGGUCGUGAGUU